AUGGAUAUGGUGAUCAACAUCAAGGAGAGGACAAUGGUGAAGCCAGCAAAAGAGACACCAAGAGAUCCAAUUUGGUUGUCAAACUUGGAUCUAAUGACCACAAGUGUACAUAUCACCAAUAUAUACUUGUAUAGAAACAAUGGAGCUGCCAACUUCUUUGACACUGAGCUUCUCAAACAUGCCUUGGCCAAGGUGUUGGUGCCCUUCUAUCCCUUGGCGGGCCGGCUAAGGUAUGACAAUGACGGCCGCCUCGAGAUCAACUGCAAUUCGGAGGGUGUCCUUUUCAUGGUGGCCGAGACAAACUCCGUUAUGGAUGACUUGGGUGAAUGUGCGCCCACUGUUGAGCUUCUAAAGCUCACUCCAUUUAUUGACCGUUCUGCUGGAAUUUCUUCAUUUCCUCUCUUGGCUGCUCUGAUUACUCGGUUCAAAUGUGGAGCAGUAUGCGUUGGUUUCAGUAACCAACACCGUUUAGCAGAUGGCACAGCAGCUAUGUACUUCGUCAACGCAUGGUCCGAAGUGAGUCGUGGUCUUGAGCUAUCACAAGCACCAAUCCUCGACCGGGCAUUGCUUCGUGCUAGACACCCUCCUCAAUCAAAUUUCGAUCACAUAGAGUACAAACAAGCACCACCACCACCACCAACCCUCUCCAAACCUACUCAACAAGAACAACAACACAACCCAAUCGUAAGAGUUUUCAAAUUGACUAGGGACCAAAUCAAGGUCAUCAAGGCCAAGUCUCAACAAAGUGGGACCAAUAAUUAUAGCACAUUUGAGAUUCUAUCAACUCAUAUUUGGAAAUGUGCAAGCAAGGCAAGGUCACUUCCUAGUGACCAAGUAACAAAAUUGUUCACUCUAAUUAAUGGAAGGGACAAAUUAGACCCUCCACUCCCACCUCAUUUAUUUGCCAAUGUUUUAUAUGCAACUUCAACAGUUGUCACCGUAGCUGAUCUUGUUGAUAACCCAACAAGCUAUGGUGCUAGCAAGAUUCGCCAAACUUUGGUGCAAAUGGACAACAAUUACUUGAGAUCAGCUAUUGAUUACCUAGAGCUUAGGCCCAAUCUCAUUAAUGGGCCUGGUCGUGGGGCUGAAGUUUUCAAAAGCCCAAAUUUUGGAAUUGUUUGUUGGAUUGGGCUGCCAAUGUAUGGUUCUGAUUUUGGAUGGGGUCGGCCCUUUUAUGUCAGCCCUGUUGGGCUUCGUUUAGAGGGAAAAGCCUACAUUUUACCUCCAGGCCCAGUUUAUAAUGGUAACUUGUUUGUUGCCAUUGCUUUGCAGUCUGAGCACAUGAAAGUGUUUGAGAAGUUGUUGUAUGAUGAUGUACGUGUUGGGAAAUCUGCUCUUUAA